AUGAGUGCUUUCCACAAAUCGUUGGAGCGUCAAGUUUCCAUCAAUUACUGGGUUAAUUGCGGGCAAAGCAGGGAGAUAACAUACAAUAUACUGAAAUCAUAUGAAACAGUACAAAAAAUAAUAGUUCGUCGUCCAGAUCUAUUGAGAGAGAAGCCUCUAAGGGAAAAAUUAUACGGAAAGACGCUGAUAGGCUUCCCACAUCCCAGAGCUGAUGGAUUGCAUCUGUCCCAAGUGAAAGCUAUGGUGAAGGCUGACAGAGACGGCCCGUGGAACACUUUCAAAGCGUUCUGUGAGGCCAUCGUAUCACUUAAAGAAAACGCAGAGAGGGUUCAGGAGUGUAGACUGCUUGGGAGACGACCGCAACGACGCGAUUACGUACGUACUGUGACAUUCGCACGGGAUUGGGCAUCCAGAAGUUGUGCUUCCAGAAGCGCAGCAGACUCUCUUCACGGGGACAAGGAUUAA